AUGGUAGGUUUAUUUGAACAAUGAGAGACAGAAUAAAAACAACAAAAAAUCCAGAAAAACACAUGUCAAAAAUGUUAUAAAUUGAUUUGCAUUUUAAUGAGGGAAAAUAUUUUUUCCCCUCACUGUAGGCUAGUUAACCCAGAAACAUCAAAUUUGUCUGGGAAACAUGUGGGGUUUAAUGUGGGCAGAAAUAGGAUAGGCUAUUGGCAGGCAUACAUUCCAAUUGCAAUGGCAUUUUGUCUAAAUUAACCUAGGCUAGGCUACGAUCAGUUUUCCAGUGUGAUGCAUAAAAGUAAUAGCUGUGCCAUAAGGUCUUUUAUGUUCAAUGAAUUUGUUAGGUAAUAUGAAUUUUCUGACAUGUAACACUGUGGAGAGAGAGAGAGGCUUGUUUCCUAGGUUACCAGGAUGGUUGAAAAUUUGCUUAGCAAGACGGAUAUUCUUGUGCCUCACAUGGUUACUUGGACACUUGGUUCCCUCUCUCCAUUCAGACAUUUCAAAUGACAUUACCCGACCCCACAAUCGGACAAAACAUCUAGCAAGUAUAGACAUCUGUCAAUACACAUUAGAUAAAACGACACAUUCAUGUCACACUUUUGGAAUUAGUCAAGAUAAAAUAGUUUAUUCGACACUAAUUUUAGAUACAACUCAAGAAAUUAUUCAGGCAUUUUUAUCUCUAUAUAUCCCCAUGUCAGAGACUUGCAGUAGACAAGCGUCAUAAAAGUACUGUGGUUAUGUUGGAGCGUUGGAGGUUUGCAAGAUUUGCAAGGUUGAAAUAUGGAUAACAUGGUUACAUAAUUGAUUGGAUGUUUGGAUGUAAAGAGGGGGAGGUGUAACCUAAAAUGGGUGGUCCUGGUCCACCUGGUUAUGUGGAAUUAUGUUGAUUUACAGUGCGAGCCAGUUCAACUGAGACCGGCGACCCAUUUCAGCGCAAUGAGCAUGCAGGCUCGGGUCCAUCUACUCGGUGCGCUGUAGCAAUGCGGUUGGAGAAAAAAAAAUCACACAUUGGAAUCAUCUGGGUCACUGGAUUAUUUUUGUUCUGACACACAAAUGUUUUCUUGAUUGUCAUUGAUCCUCUAUUCAUAAUCUAAGAUGCGUGUCCUAUAAUGAAUAACAUCAUUGAUGAGAUGUUGAAAACAAGAUACAUUUAUGUUCUGUGAUUAGCUUCAUUUGUUUUAUUUACUUUUCAUUCUAGCAGCAUAAGGUCAACGAAAAAUCUAAAGGUAGACGGCGGAAGCGCGCACCACUGCGCGGGCACAGCUGUCAGCACCAAGGACAGCCGCAGCCCCAAGCGUCGCAUCAGUCUGAUAAUCACUUCACAGCAAAGCCCCGCACAGAGCCCACGGAGGACCGGGAGAGCGAUACACAGCGCAUAAAGGAAAACGCAUACACCGCAAAAUAUGCUCUGACUCGUUUCUAUCGACAUUGGAAAAAAUAAAAUGGUGGAAAUUGACAAAGAAAAUCAAAAUGUUUCAAGAAAGGCUGCUGACAAUUACGAAGAUAAUCCAACAGCGGUUGAGGUCCUGACCAUGAACAUUCCUCCGCAUUUCCCAGCUGUCCAGAUUUUCCACACUGUCUAGGAGGACGGUGGUUCCAGUCUUUUUAACCGGGUGAACCGUGCAGUCCAGAAGCCGGGCAAACCGAUCCGCCAACACGAGGGAGAGACGCAACCGGGGUCCUCUGUGCGGUUUGAUCGUUCACACGAUGCGUCUGUUUCUGCUGGCGGUGUUCCUCUCGUGCUCCUGUGCGCGGGGAGGCUGCGAACCGAAGAUAGUUAACAUCGGAGCAGUCCUGAGUCAGAAGAGGUACGAGCAAGUCUUUAAGGAUGCGGUGACCCAGGCGAAUCAGAUCUACGGGAGAGAUAAAUUCAAGUUGACCGCCAUCUCCGUAACGCACAAACCCAACGCUAUCCAGAUGGCUCUCUCCGUCUGCGAGGACCUCAUCUCUAACCAGGUGUAUGCCAUCCUGGUGAGUCAUCCUCCCCAGUCCAAUGACCACCUCACCCCCACGCCUGUGUCAUACACCGCAGGCUUCUACCGCAUCCCUGUGGUGGGCCUCACCACGCGCAUGUCCAUCUACUCCGACAAGAGUAUCCACUUGUCCUUUCUGCGGACUGUCCCCCCGUACUCCCACCAGGCUCACGUGUGGUUCGACAUGAUGCGAGAGUUUCGAUGGAACCACAUCAUCCUGAUUGUCAGCGAUGACCACGAGGGGCGGGCCGCGCAGAAGAGACUGGAGACCCUACUGGAGGAGAGGGAAACAAAGAAUAAAAAAAGGAACUAUGAAAACCUCGACCAACUGUCCUAUGACAACAAGCGAGGACCUAAGGCAGAGAAAGUCCUCCAGUUCAGCCAGGAGACUAACUUAACUGCUCUGCUUCUGGAGGCCAAAGAGCUGGAGGCUCGUGUCAUCAUCCUCUCCGCCAGUGAAGAGGACGCUGCUGCAGUUUACAAGGCUGCCCGUUUCCUCAACAUGACGGGCUCGGGUUACGUGUGGCUGGUGGGAGAGCGGGAGAUGUCGGGUAAAGCCCUGAGUGAGGCACCAGAUGGUCUCAUCGGCCUCCAGCUCAUCAACGGCAAGAACGAGUCGGCCCACAUCAACGACGCAGUGGCAGUGGUGGCUCAGUCCAUCCAGGAGCUGUUUGAGAAGGAGAACAUCACGGAGCCGCCCAGAGGCUGUGUGGGAAACACCAACAUCUGGAAGACCGGGCCCCUCUUCAAAAGGGUUCUGAUGUCAUCAAAGUACCCAGAGGGCCUCACUGGACGUGUGGAGUUCAAUGACGAUGGCGACAGGAAGUACGCUCACUACAGCAUUCUCAACUACCAGAAGAGUCGACUCAUUCAAGUCGGGAUUUACAAUGGAACACAGGUGGUGAUGAAUAAUCAGAGGAAGAUCAUCUGGCCGGGAGGAGAGACAGAGAAACCGCGGGGCUUUCAGAUGUCCACGAGACUAAAGAUAGUGACCAUACACCAGGAGCCCUUUGUGUAUGUGAAACCCACUGAGCAGGAUGGAACCUGCAAGGAGGAAAAAACCUUAAAUGGAGUGGCAGAUAUUAAAAAGGUGAUCUGCACUGGACCAAAUGAGACCAUCCCAGGACGUCCAAUUGUACCUCAAUGUUGUUAUGGAUUCUGUAUCGAUCUACUUAUCAAGUUGGCCGGAACCAUGAACUUUACCUAUGAGGUGCACCUGGUGGCUGAUGGGAAAUUUGGAACACAGGAGCGGGUGAACAACAGCAACAAGAAAGAGUGGAAUGGAAUGAUGGGAGAGCUCCUGGGGGGUCUGGCAGAUAUGAUUGUUGCCCCGCUGACGAUAAACAACGAACGAGCCCAGUACAUCGAAUUCUCCAAACCUUUUAAGUACCAAGGCCUAACCAUCCUCGUUAAAAAGGAAAUCCCUCGCAGUACACUGGACUCGUUCAUGCAGCCGUUUCAGAGCACACUGUGGCUGCUGGUGGGUCUUUCGGUGCAUGUGGUGGCGGUGAUGCUUUACCUACUAGACCGGUUCAGCCCGUUUGGGAGGUUUAAAGUAAACAGUGAAGAAGAAGAAGAAGACGCCCUCACCUUGUCGUCAGCCAUGUGGUUCUCCUGGGGAGUGUUGCUUAACUCCGGUAUUGGGGAAGGCGCGCCGCGCAGCUUCUCAGCGAGAAUCUUGGGCAUGGUGUGGGCCGGCUUUGCCAUGAUCAUAGUGGCAUCGUAUACUGCCAACCUGGCUGCCUUCCUGGUGCUGGACCGGCCUGAGGAGCGCAUCACCGGCAUCAACGACCCGAGGCUGAGGAACCCAUCAGACAAGUUCAUCUACGCCACUGUGAAGCAGAGCUCUGUGGACAUCUACUUCCGGCGGCAGGUGGAGCUUAGCACCAUGUACCGCCACAUGGAGAAGCACAACUACGAGAGUGCCGCUGAGGCUAUCCAGGCCGUGCGCGACAACAAGCUGCAUGCUUUCAUCUGGGACUCUGCGGUGCUGGAGUUUGAAGCCUCGCAGAAGUGCGACCUGGUGACCACGGGAGAGCUGUUUUUCCGUUCGGGCUUUGGCAUAGGCAUGCGCAAGGACAGCCCCUGGAAACAGAAUGUGUCCCUGGCCAUUCUCAGUUCCCAUGAGAAUGGAUUCAUGGAAGAUCUAGAUAAAACCUGGGUGAGAUACCAGGAGUGUGACUCACGGAGCAAUGCCCCAGCCACACUCACCUUUGAGAACAUGGCAGGAGUGUUCAUGCUGGUGGCUGGAGGCAUAGCAGCAGGGAUCUUCCUCAUCUUUAUUGAGAUCGCCUACAAGCGACACAAAGACGCCCGAAGGAAGCAGAUGCAGCUGGCCUUUGCGGCCGUCAACGUCUGGAGGAAGAACCUGCAGGACAGUAAGGAGGCCUCUGGGAGCCAAGCUGUGGGCGCAUCGAUGACUCCAUCGUUACCCUCUUCCUCUCUAGAGACUCAGGAUGAUAGGAAAAGUGGUAGAGCAGAGCCCCCCGACCCCAAAAAGAAAGCCUCUUUUAGGUCCAUCAGUACCUCCCUGGCCUCCAGCAUCAAGAGACGUAGGUCGUCCAAAGACACGCAGUACCCACCCACCGACAUCACGGGCCAGCUCAACUUGUCCGACCCAUCUGUCAGCACAGUGGUGUGAGAGGGACAGAAGGAGAGAGAGAUUUUCUCCUCGGCGAGAAAGAGAGAGGGUGGGUGAAUGGAGAGAGCCUUCCCACAGAUCGCUUUAUCGUUGGAUCCAUCACUGCUGCUGAAGCUUUUUGUCCCAUUGGCUUUGCAGUGGAGCAAUGGAGCCGACGUCUAAGAAAGGACUCCCCUGAUCAUAUUCUCUGAUCGUGGCACCUGUUACAGCUGUCUGGCAUUAGUCAGCUCUAGGGUUCUGAGCUUACUGACACAUACUGUGUUUUUUUAUCUGUUUUCUCUAUUCAUGCUCAAUGUAUGCUUAAAACAGUCCAAUCUUUGUCUAAUUUACUUACUGCAGACAUAGUGAUGCUGGAUACUACUACUAUUUAAUAUAUCUACAUGAUACAUUUUACUGUUUUAAAAAUCUUGUUUAGUUAGAUUACUUAAGUAUACAAACAUGUUAAGUUCUGUACAUAUCAUUUAACUUACAAGGAGGGACCAUAACACACAUUAUUAUUUCACAGUAUUUAACAACAGGAUUUGGCAGGUAGUUUAACUGUUAAGGGUUAGUUAGGCCAGUAACCGAAAGGUUGCUGGUUUGAAUCCUCAAGUUGACUAGGUGAAAAAUCUGUUGAAUGUCCUUGAGCAAGGCACUUAAGCCUAAUUGCUCCAGUAAGUUGCUCUGGGUAAGAGCCUCUGCUAAAUGACUAAAAUGUGAACAGCAUAAUAGGUACACUUUGCUGGAUAACAACUACAGCAUUUUAUUAAGAAAUACUUAUUUUAACUCCAUGUUUAAACAUUUUAGAUAUGUCUUUGUUAAAUUGGACACGUUUUAACAGUGAGAAUAUUAACUUUUGUGACAAUGUAAUCCUUUAAAGCAGCAAUUCUAAAGAAGGAAGCAUGCAUGUAUUGUAAAUAUAUAGAUGCAACUGAAUAUUUAUGUAACUAAUGUCCAUGGUGUUAAUAUUGCUGCUACUGUUUGUUGGAAUACUCCGUGGCACUUUACAACACACUUAAAACCAUUUUAUAAUAACUCACAGUUUUCUGAGAUACAAAAAUGGUGAACUUUGUUUACAUUGUAUUCUUUGCCCCUUAAUCAUUUUAUAACUGUCUGCCAAACUGUCUGCAUGCUUGUAUAUAUUAUAUCCAGCCAGUAUUAUCCUUUGGUGCCCCUUGAAAACAUUCUGCCUGUAAUGUAAUGUUCACAUUUACCUGUAUUUGGUCCAAUGAGGUCCUUACACCUUUGAUAUUAGGAAAGUGACAAUGCUCUAUUCUUAUUUGAAAGGGAUUUUUAGUCACAAAUCUAAUCAAAACUACAGGAAAUACUCUCAAAAGGGUGCACAUUUUUGCUUUUUCCCUAGCACUACACACCUGAUUCAAAUAACCAACUCAUCAUAAGCCUUUGGUUGGUGGAAUCAUGUGUGUAGUCCUAGGACUUUUGGGUCCCCAGGACCAGGAUGAAGAGAAACAUUCUCCAAGUCAAUGUUUUCUACCAUUUGUUUGGAAACCCCCCUCUCUCUCCCUCUCGCUUUCCUCAGUCUUUCUCAUCGCCAGUGUCAAGGGGUUGCAUCAAAGGGCCAGGUUUUUCACCCAACCAGCACUUGGUCUUUCAUGAAAAACCUCCGCCCUGUGCACGUCAGUCUAUCUUCAAUUUGCACUUUGAGAUCUUCUACAUGAAAGGAACCCAUGUGAAUUGAUAACUCAGCUUAACUUUCAGUCUUGGUGCUGUGAGCUUAGGUACAGUUAUCUUGGUUAAAUGCAGUCUUGGUGCUGUGAGCUUAGGUACAGUUAUCUUGGUUAAAUGUAAAAAGGGCCAUUUCCCAGGCUCUGAUGUUGAGAAACAAAGACAAAGUGUGGCAUGUUGAAACAAAGACUACAGUACCAUUUUGGCACGGCAAUGCACAGCACUUUAACCUGAGGGCUUCCCCAUGUUCCCCAUGAUGUUUCCAUCAACAAGGCUAAUUGAAAUAUAAUUAUGUAUUCAGUAUGCAAGUACAUACAAAUGAAUAUGAAUAAGAGUAGAAAACUCUCACAAGAGAGAUCAUGGUCGAAUUGUUAUAGUAUGAUCCACAGCACAAAAUGGUUAAAUCAACGUUGUUUCAACGUAAGUUGUCAACGUAUUGUGAUGUGGAAAAUACAUUGGAUUUGAAAAAGUUAUCAACUGUUGUUUUGAGGGUGACAUUUCAACCACAGAAUUAUGUCAUCAUUGUAACCAAUUUUCAACAUAGUCAACCUUGAAUAAAAUAUGUUGAAUUUGUACCUUUGAAACAACAUCAGAUCUUCAAUGUUAUAUCCAUGUCAGAAAAAAACAACAGGCUGGGCUGUACCUGGUACUGGAGAGUUGAUCUAUCCACAGCUACCCGUUGGUCCAGGGUUUUAACACAGCCCAGCCCUGCUUAGCUUUGAUAUUUUCCACUGACUACUACCAAGGUGCUAUCGUGAGAAUGAUUAUUGAGAGAUCUCUUAAUAGAUAAAUAGAUUCACUGUUGCUAUCAAAGUCAUUCCUAAGGUCAUAUAAGUAAUGUUCCCCCCCCCAAAGUUACUGACGGCAAGCUUGAAGGUUGUGAAAAUUCUGUGCAACUUCCAGCGCGCGUUUACUGCUUUAAGUUACAGUUUUAACAGUGGCCAAGUAGGCUACUGUGGCUAUUUGAUUAUAAUGUAGGCCUACCAUGAAAAACAAUGGAGAAAAUGCAUCCCAUAACAUUUUAACAUGGAAAUAGCUGUUCUAUCAUGCAGCCAAUGUCUGGUGUUCAAUGUAGGCCUACAUUCCAUGCAGGGCUUGACAUUAACCUGUUUAUCCUCUUGUCUUUCAUAAAAGGAGGUGACCAAUUU